UGAAGGUAUUUAAAGGGCGGCGGGCCACAGGGGAUCGUUGCGCUUGUAGGUAAUUUCGUAUUCUCCGCUGCGCUUCGGAGAGGCACAGAAGAGGGAGGGGAGUGGGGAAGAUCUGAAAACCCUAACAGUUGAUCUACAUCUACUUCGAGCCAUGGUGAAUGUUCCAAAGACAAAGAAGACCUAUUGCAAGAGCAAGGAGUGCAAGAAGCACACCUUGCACAAGGUCACCCAGUACAAGAAAGGUAAGGAUAGCCUUGCUGCCCAAGGGAAGCGCCGUUAUGAUCGUAAGCAGUCUGGCUAUGGUGGUCAGACCAAGCCUGUCUUCCACAAGAAGGCUAAAACUACCAAGAAGAUUGUACUUAGACUUCAAUGCCAAGGUUGCAAACAUGUGUCCCAGCACGCCAUCAAGCGGUGCAAGCAUUUUGAGAUUGGUGGGGACAAGAAGGGAAAGGGAACAUCUCUAUUCUAGAUGACACCAAGAGAAUUUUGUCAAUUUAUUUCAGGAUCAUCCUUAUUGAAUUGUUUUGUACUGUUUUGAGUGAUAACGGUUUUCAGUCAAUUUUGAAUAUUCUUUGCAAUUCAUGAUCUUGGCAGGAUUUAUUUAUGUUUUGAGAAUUUACACAUUGGAUAGUAUAGCUGCCUUUAUUAGAUGAUGGUUGCAUGUUGAACAAUAUUCUCAUUGCCUAAUUCAGUGUAGACGUGGUUGUGUCGCA